UGAAGAUCCCGUCACCGCGCCUCGCCGCUCACCUGUCUGCACAGUCUGUGCACGUAAGAGGAAGUGAGCUGCCCGGCGGGUGAACGAAAUAGAAGUAGGAUCAGAAUCCGCUGACAAAUUAAGGAGCCAUCUGGGUGUCAUUUUCUAAAGAGAGAAGAUUUAGCUGACACAGUCACAGCGAUUCCUUUGAUGAGCCAACAUAAGAUGAGCCAACAUAACAACCAAGUAAAGGAAUUAAGUGAAAAUUGUGAUCAGUCAGAUUACUCUCGGGAAAUCAAAGCAAAUGACAGAAAGUUUAAUAAUUCAUGUACAAAGAAGAAAUUUAUUUUCUUUACCAAGAAGAAAUAUGCUGACAACACUAUUAAGACCAGUAAAUACAACUUCCUCACAUUUAUUCCUCUCAAUGUAUUCGAGCAAUUUCACACGGCAGCUAACCUUUAUUUCCUGUUUAUUAUUAUCUUGCAGACUGUUCCUGUAAUUUCUACGCUGCCAUGGUCUGCUAUAAUGCUACCCUUGCUUUUUCUACUGGUUAUAAGAGGGACCAAAGACCUUCAUGAUGACAUUGCACGCCACAGAAGUGACAAAGCUAUAAACAGCAGACAAUGUGAAAUCCUUAAAGAAAAAAGAUUCUUUUGGGAGCAAUGGAAGGACAUCCAGGUUGGGGACAUUAUUCGUUUACAAAGGGAUGAUUUUGUUCCGGCAGACCUGCUAUUGCUUUACACCUCUGAACCAAACAGCCUAUGUUAUGUGGAGACAGCAGAUAUAGAUGGGGAAACAAAUCUCAAGUUUAAACAAGCUUUAUUGGUUACACAUAACAAUCUCUGCACUACUGAAGCCCUGGCAGCCUUUGAUGGUAAAAUUGUCUGUGAUGAGGCCAACAGCAACAUGCAUUCAUUUAUAGGAACAAUGGAAUGGAAGGGAGAGAAAUAUUCAUUAGAUAAUGACUGUAUCCUCCUAAGGGGGGGGUGCAAAAUUCGUAACACUAAAUAUUGCUAUGGACUGGUCAUUUAUGCUGGAGUUGACUCUAAAAUAAUGAAGAACUGUGGAAAUUUUACAGUAAAGAAAACUAAAUUGGACAUAAUGAUGAAUUAUAUUGUAGCCAUGGUAUUUGUAAUUUUAAUUGCCUGUACUGUGUCACUGGCCAUCGCUUCAGGUUUUUGGACAAAGUGGUUUCAGGAAAAACACAGUUAUAUACCGCCAUUACCUUCAGACAUGGGUCCAGCCUACAGCGCAUUCCUUGUCUUCUGGGGCUACACAAUUCUGAUGAGCACCAUUGUGCCGAUGUCAAUGUAUAUCACAUUAGAACUCAUCCAUUUGGUCCACAGCAUGUAUAUUGACUGGGAUAUUGAUAUGUAUUUUGCGGAGAAAGACAUACCUGCCAAAGCCAGGACAACUAGCCUUAAUGACUUACUUGGUCAGAUUGAGUAUGUUUUCUCUGAUAAGACUGGAACCCUGACACAAAACAUUAUGACUUUCAAGAAGUGCUGCAUUUCUGGAAACAUCUAUGGAACAAACUCCUCUCAGAACGAUCUGAAGGCGGUCAGCUUCACAUGGAAUAAAUAUGCUGAGAAAGAGUUUUCCUUUUAUGAUCAAUCCUUAAUUGAUAUAGUUCACCAAAAUGAAGACAAUCUCUCCAAAGAAUUCUUUCGACUGCUUGCAAUUUGUCACACAGUGAUGGUGGAUAAAAACAGAGAUGAGCUGGUGUACCAAGCAGCAAGUCCUGAUGAAGAAGCAUUAGUAACAAUGGCAAGAAACUUUGGCUAUGUUUUUUUGUCCCGUACACAAGAUACCAUCACUACAAAUGAGCUUGGAGUAGAGAGAACUUAUAAAAUCUUAGCACUUCUUGACUUCAAUAGUGUUCGUAAGAGGAUGUCUGUAUUAGUCAGGGACCCCGAAGGAAAGAUUAAGCUUUACACUAAAGGAGCAGAUGAUGUUAUUCUAAUUCGGCUACGUCCAGAUUGCACUAAUGUGGAGGACACUGAAAAAUCUUUGGAAAUGUUUGCUCAAGAAACUCUAAGAACUUUAUGUUUGGCUUAUAAAGAAGUGGAUCUUUCAGUAUACACAGAGUGGAGUAACAAGUACCAUGACGCAAGUAUUUCUGUUCAGAAUCGGCUACAGAGUCUGGAAAUGGUUUAUAAUGAAAUGGAAAAAGACUUGCAGUUACUUGGAGCUACAGCAAUUGAAGAUAAGCUACAAGAUUGUGUUCCAGAAACAAUACAGCUACUAAAAAAUGGCAAUAUAAAAGUUUGGGUGCUGACUGGAGAUAAGAAAGAAACUGCAAUCAACAUUGGUUUCGCAUGUCAACUGCUAACUGAUGACAUGGAAAUUUUGGAUGAGCAUCAGAUUUGUGAUAUCCUUGAUGAUUAUUGGGAACAUAACAACAAUCUCUUUGGAAGUGGGCAAGAUCUUCUGGAUGACAGCAUCUUUAGAAAACAUAGAGGCAAUUUGGAGGCCAGAAAAAUGGCACUUGUGGUCACUGGAGAUUUCAUGGCUCAGAUUUUAGGGACACUUAACUGGAAAAUAAAGAAAAGACCUUUGUUUAAUAAGCUAACAGAUAUAUGUUACAUGAAGUCUAGGAAUCCAAGUGAAGAGGAAGCCAACAUGCGGGAAUAUGCAUUUGUAGAUUUGGCAACCAAAUGUCAGACUGUUAUCUGCUGCAGGGUGACUCCAAAACAAAAAGCUAUGAUUGUACAACUUGUAAAAAAGCACAAAAAGGCCACCACUCUUGCAAUUGGGGAUGGAGCAAAUGAUGUCAACAUGAUUAAAGCUGCUCAUAUUGGAGUUGGAAUUAGUGGAUUAGAAGGAACACAAGCUGUCCAGGCCAGUGACUAUGCUUUGGCUCAGUUUUCUUACCUACAGCGUCUUCUUCUGAUCCAUGGGCAUUGGUCUUACUUACGAAUUGCAAAGUUUUUACGCUAUUUCCUAUACAAAACAUCUGCCAGUGUCCUUUGCCACGUGUGGUUUGCAUGUUUGAAUGGAUUCUCUGCUCUGACAGCCUUUGACAGCUGGUUUAUAGCAUUUUACUCAGUAUUCUUCACUGCUUUUCCAGCUUUGACCAUGGGAUUAUUUGAACAAGAUACCAGUGCUGAAAUGAACCUAAAACAUCCUGAAUUAUACAAAGUUGGCCAGACAGGUUCUCUCUUCACUUACAAGACAUUUGCAUGGUCUUUUGUGAAAGGAAUAAUAACUUCUUCAACAGCAUUCUUUGUAACGUAUGGGGCAUGCCAAGACACUACAGGGCCUGGAAGCACCUGUGACUAUCAGUCAUUUUCAGUAAUUACAGCAACCUCAGUUAUUCUGGCUGUCACUGCUGAGAUCACUUUGGAAAUCUCCUACUGGACUCUGGUGUCAGUACUAGCAUUUAUGAUGAGUAUAGUAGGUUAUUUUCUGCUGACUUUUCUCACUCAAUCAAGCCCAUUCUUCAGAUUAAUGCCAACCAUCUUUCAGUUUCCAGAUGCAAGUAGAAAUACAUUAUGUCAUGGAUUCAUUUGGCUUAUAAUCUUGCUGGCAGUAGGAAUAAGCAUUCUUUCUUCACUUGUUGCCAGUUUUGUCACUGGUAUGUUUCGUCAUAACCAAGUCCACCAUAGAAAUUCCUAUGGGACAAAAAGACAAACUGAAGUUAACACUGUUGCAAUGACAACAUCCUUCAAAAGAGGAAGUUUAAAUCGCCGAUCCAGCUAUGCUUUUUCACACAAAGAAGGUUAUGCUGAUCUUAUUACAAAGGGAACAAGUCUACGCAGGUCUAAAGCAAAUGUUUCAAAGUUCCCUGGAGAUGCCACCAAAGAGUGAUGAAACCAUAAUUUGUAUCUGUUUCCACACAACAUAGUGAACCUUUACAGACUUACUCUUUUGUGUCUGUCCUGCUGGUCUGCAUAGUUUACCCCUAUCUUUGUACCUUUACAAAAUUAACCUAAUAAUUGUGUUUGGCUACUAGUUUUUAUAGUUUCUAUAGUUAUAUUAAUGCACAUAAAUGCUCCACUGACACUUUGUGUGAUAACAAAGUAUAUGAAAUAUCUGUAAACACCUGAAUUUAGAUAUUCAGAAUUUAGUGAUUGAAUCUUUUUAUUAUAGUUUUUCUCUGUGUAGGCUCAACCUAUGAUUUUGGUUGGUGUAAAAUACCAACCAGAAUACUGAUGUGUGAAAGUAACCUAAGUUAGCCAUACAUCUUCACUAGUUGUUGGCUGAGUGCUCAGUUGGCGAACAUCUGUUUCUAUAUGAAGUUGAUAUUCCAGAAAAACAAAUGAUCAGAAAAAGGUCAGCAUUCCUAAACCUUCUUUACCUCAAUAUUAGCUGUCAGUCUGAGACAACUUUGCUCUUACAUUUAUUGGCAUCUUUAGAAGUAUUAGGUAAUACAUAAUGUCAUGUGACUUGAUGUAAUCAGUGGGAAAGUAUAUCAAAGAAAAGCCAGAAAUUAGACAUGUGUUUAAUGAUUAAAAAAUAAUUUAUUGAACAUAAAUUGCAGAAACAUACAACACACUUGAAAAGGAGUAGAAUUUAACAAAUGGUAGAUGCACUGUUUUUUUUUUUUUUUUUUUUUUUUUUUAAUUGCCUAAGAAUGGGAGCCUGGAGUAUGAAGUUACAGCCAGAAUCCACUAAAACAGCAAGGACAUGAAACCUUACACUAGACAUAAAUACAAUAUAGUCUUCUUGGGUAAAGUGCCAGACACUAAGGAAAUGUAUUUUUGAUUUGAACAUUGCAACACAUAAAUAAAGCUUUUACAGUAAUAUUUUGUACACAAUCCCACUAAACUAAGACACAGUCUAAAGCUUAUCAGUUUGCACACACUUCUUGUGUUCAGCAGAGCGGCAUUUCUUAUACCACUGGAGCAGUGCUUUCAUAGACAUUUCAGCUGAACAUUACAUUUUGUAGCCACUUUUUUGUUGUCACUGUAAGCAUGUCCAGUCAACCAUAGGUAUGUCAAAAUCCAACAGAUGUCAAAGUUGGAAAAAUUAUUCUCUUUAGGCUGGUUUCACAUGAGCAUAAUGGGGUGCAUUUAUGUGUUCAUAUGAUGACCACAAGCCCUAGUCCGAUUGUAGCUUGAACAUACAAGAACUGACAACAUCAUUUUUAUCUAUGUUGUUAAUUUGUGUUAUUAGACUCUGGUUAAGCCAAGACUUGCACCUGUAACAUGGAUGCACCUGUAUUUUACUCAUGUGAAACAGGUUAGUAUCUGCUGCCAUGAAUGUCCUGCUUCAGAAUUAAUGCUGUUAAAUUAGUAUACAUAAAUAGUCAAACACAACAUUAAAUCUGCAGGACCAAAUCCGCAAUUGAUACUGUAGGUGUGAAUUUACUCUUCACACACACAGCGUUUAAAAAAAAAAAAAAAAUCCAUGAGUUUUUAAUGCUGUUUUUUAUGCCACCUUUAUUCACUGUUCCUUUUGCAUUUACUUCUGGCAUUAGUUUAAAAAAAAAUGAAUGAAAAACUGUCACAAAAACUGCAGCAUCCCCCACUCCCCGAAAAAAAGAGGAAAAGGCCACUUGUUUCUGGUAUUGCAGUUAUGGGACAGCAACAUUUUUCAGCAGAGCACUGGCAUGUGAUUUUUACAAAUUGAGGAGAUUACACCUAAAAGUGCUGCAAUUUUUACAUGCUUUUAAAAAUGUUACAAAAAAUAGGCCUUAAACACAAUAUAACAACUGUUAAAGGUUAAAACUGUUUGAGGCUGGCUUUCCACUUGAAAGUUUUUAGGAAAACUGCUACUGCAGUUUUUGUGCUAACAUCAGAAGUGAAUCCAGUGGAUAAGUCCCUCGUUUUUAUUUCCCAUUUGAAUCCACUCUUAAUUUUGGCUGAAAAAACUGUAGUCACAGUUUAAAAAGAAAGACAGCCUUAGGGGGGAUUUACAUAUAACGUUUAUUUUUGUGUCAGUUUUCCAUUUACUUUUUAAUCCACUUCUCAGUUGGUUCAGAAACUGAUGUGAAAUAUAAAGGAAGGACUUUUCCUUAAUGCUGAAUUCACCUUUUCUUUUAAAGGAAACUCUGGUAUAAAACAUCUUAGCAUGAGGGUCUGAUCGCGGAGGUCCGACAGCUGAGACCCCCAUGAUCUCCUGUCCAGCAUCCUGGCUCUCCUCAUGCACAGAGAGGCCUCCUCUCCAUGCAUGGAUUACUGUGGACCUUGGCAUGAAGCAUUGGCCGACACGCCUCUCCAUGUAUCUGUAUGGGAGAGCUGGAAUACAGUGGUCGGACCCCCUGCGAUCAGACACUUAUUCUCUAUCCUGUGCAUAUGAGAUAAGAUGUUCUGUACCUGAGUUCCCCAUUAACUUAAAAACUGUUUAAGUCACUACAGAAACUUUUUUUUCCAAAGCCUAAUGGGCCAGAUUUACUAUUCCUAUCCCAACAGUUUAGGGUUAGCAUUUGCAUCAUAAUUGAGGUGUAUGUUCCUCUGUGAAGUUUUAGCCAUUUGCGAUAUUAUAAAAAAAGAAAUUCAUACAACCUCACAAAUUGCUGAUAAAGUAAGCGUGUCCACAGAUGUUUUACAAAACAAAAUUAUUAUGGAAAGGAAAAGAAACUGACGCUUCACCUAAUUUCUUUUUUUUUUUACACAUCUCUUAGGUUGGGUUCACUCAGUGUAAAAUUUGUCAUGUAUAUUAUUUUAUGUGCCAAAAAUGCAAGCACAAUAAAUAUGGGCACAUUUUCAAGAAAAAUCAGCUGGCGAAUUAAAAUACGCAAUGAAAAUCUUAUGUUGUGUGAACCCAGCCUUAAAGUGGUAAGAAAAAUACAACAGAAAAGGGUACCAAAAAUUACUGUUGGUAUUUCAUUAUAAUUUCCUUUUUUUUUCUUUUGUCAAUUUUUCUUUUCCCCAAAAGAAAACUUUUUGUAUAAUAUUUAAAAUCUACCUAAAAUGUAAGUAUUCAUUGUUGGUUAAAACCCGAUUGGAGUGCAGUACUCCACUUUUUAUCAGUGUACCACAAUUUUCCCAAGACUUGCUUCAGAUUAUUAAUAAUAAACAAAAAACAGCUAAAUAAAAUCCAAACCAUAGGAAAAAAACAACAACAAUAGUACUGGUUCAUUGUGUCCUUUGAUUCAGACUUGGCACAAAAAUGUGUUUAUGCAGAGGCACACCAUGCAGAACCUUAUCAAGUUUUAGUGAACGUUCACACGGGCAAAAUCUACAGUGAGUUUCUUGCUCCGGAUUGGAGUAAAUUUCUCUUACCCUUUGAUGUAACCAAAUGUAGUCUGAGUACGGAGCAGGAAACUCCUGCACAAACCAUGAUAAAAGAUGAUUUGGCUAUACAUUUUCACCUAAACAUAAAAUUUUUACACAGGAUUACAGGAAUCCUAUAAUUACCUAUUAGUACAAAACAUAAAUUAUGUUGAUGUUUUAUCUUCCAAGUACACUUGCAUUGAAAAUCUGCAAAAGACAAAUUGAAUAAAAGUGUAUAUGUAUCUUUCUUAGUGUAGUUCUUAAAAUAAUAUUUCUGUUUGCAAUUGUUCAUAUCUGAUUGUACCAAAUAAGUAAAAACUGUGUUGUCACAAAUGUAUUUAGCUUUUUGUGGAAAAAGGAGAUGUGUUAGUAAAGGUAAUUUACCAGAAAAUGAAACAAUUAACCAACUGUAAUUUCCAAGAUCAAAAAAAUUGAGUCUGAGUGUCAUAGUCUGUGACUAGUAUUAUAGCUCAGCAUUAUUUACUUCAGUGGAGCUGAGUUGCAAUUUCAGAUGUUGACUAUACACAAAACAGACCUUUUUUUUUCUAAUAUUGGGCUUCUAAUAUCAUCAAUAUAAAUUAUGUAAAACUAUCAAAUGUAUGCUACAGUAUAUCUUUUUAUACAUGGGUAGCGUUUUGCCCUCUACAAGCUGUCUCUUUACUUUAGCUCUUGCUCACUCUGCUGUAUUGUUUAGACAAUAAGGGGAUAUCAUUGGCCGAUUUACUGUACUUUUACAGCCCUAUUUACAGAAUGUAUUACUCAUACAAUGUUUUCCGUGCAAACUAUGUUAAACAGGUGGCACAAUUUCAGUUGUUGUUUUCUGUCAUAAGCUGCCCAAACACACAAUGGUAUACAAAUCUAUGUUAUACAAAUGUCUUUUAUCAACCUUAACAAUGAAAAAGAAAUAUGUUGUUACCAUUACAGUAGAAAGCAUAUAUUCUGAUUAGAAUACAAUCCAUUAACAAACAAUUCAUACUCUUUCAAGUGUAUUUAGGAUUCGGUCAAAAUGUAGUCUAAAAAAGCAUGCUAUUCGUCCAAUAAAAACAUAAAUGGCUCUUACAUCUUCCACAGUGUUGUUGUUUUUCUCUUAUUCUGUUAAGCUUGACACCUUUUUCUAGUUUUCUAGUUAUGAUUCCAUUUUGCACUAAAUAUUUGUAGCAACAUUUUAAAAAUUAGAAGUGCUUGAUGGUCCCAAUCAUGAUAUGAUAAAGUUAACUUACCAAUGGAGUUUUAAACUAGUAAAAUUGUUGAGCGUUGAUGUUAUAGCAGAAAUAAUUUUAUAAAUACAUAUGUGCCUAAAUAUAAAAAUAAAAACACUAACUCCAGAUGUCAGUCUGUAAGCUAUUGAGAUUUGAAAUUCACAUACUAUGGGGACUUUUUUUCUCUACUGCUGGUCUAAAUUAAUGCCCUUCCGGUGCAUAGGCUUACGGGAUUUAUGUAGACCACGCCCCUUGUACGACCACGCCCCCUAUUCCACAAACUCCCCUCAUUCGGGUGGACUUUUUUCUCAUUUUCGCCUCAGCUCUAAUAAUAAAUGUCCCCCAAAUGUUUCUGUUUUUGCCUUUUCAGGGUGUUAUGCUUUUCUUUUCAUAACAAAAAUUUAUGGCAUUGUUAUUGGUGUUUUUUCCUGUAGACUUCUUUAAAGAACUUGAAUAACACAAAACAAUCUUUUUAAUGUUCGUUAAUAAUAAUAUUUGUUAAAAAAAAACCCUAUCAAGAUCCUUGAAUAUAAAGGUGUUUUUUAAAAAGCAUUUAAAAUACAAAACAAUUUUGUGUUUGAAGGAGUCCUUGCUCAGGUUGCUUUAAGUGAAUGUGACAUGUGAAUGUGUAACAUGUCUGUUAAAUACUUACAGCUCAGGACCAUAAAAAUAUUAAUUUAUUGUGUGAAUUUCUUUAAUUACUGCAACAGUGCUAUUUAAUAUGAUCAAGGACGUUGAUUCCCAAUUAGUGUAAACUAAAACAAUUGCCAUGCAGUCAUGAAGUAUAUUCUAGCUUGCUCCAAAUAAUGUACUACAAAGCUGCACAAUAUUUUCAGGGUUUAUAUCAGUUAAUGGGAACAUGUCAUAGCAUAUAAAAAUGUCCAUAUGACGACCUAAUCUUUCAGACCUACCAUAUCUUGCAGGAUUCAGCCUGAUUCACAAUAGUUGCAGGUAAUUAGCAUAUGACACACAAUGAAAUAAAAUACACUUUUAUCAAGAAGACUAAAUAAGUCUAAACCCUGCAAGACAUGAUGUUUUAUAUGUUCAAUCCAUGACAAGUUCCCUCUAAAGGAAUGGUAUCACCAGCUUUCAAUAUCUUAGUGGUUUUUAGUUAAACAGACUAAUACAGGGGCUCUCUAAUGACCUUUAAAACACCUAACUAAGGCUACAUCACUUUUAUAUAAAUGUUAUGACACGUUCUUAAAUGUAGAGGAAAGGAUCCUAUGAUGGAUAAAUUAUAAUAAGGUAAAUUAUUUGGGAUGAAAACUUUAACAAAAAGGCAUCAAGAUUGUUUGCCCCAGUGGAAAUGAGAUAUGAUUUUUUACAUGGUCCAAAAUACUACAUUUUAGUCAUGUGAAAUAACGGCAUAACAAAACUAAAACAUUCUAAUCAGUUUGGAUCAGUCGAAGAGAAAAAAGUAGCACUGUGAAUUUUCAAGUUCUCCCCUAUACAAAAUGAAUGAAUCUAAUGGACAUUGCUAUUUUGUUUUCACAUUUAUGCAUUGUCACAGAUACAGCUCAUUGAGGUAUGUUGUGACAGCUAAAUCUUGCACUGCUGGAAUGAACGCAUUCAAUUUUGGAAUGUAAAAUAAUUUUUGGAUUUGUCUUGGACAUUUAGUUAGUACAUCUUCAGUGUCUCCC